AUGGUGAAGGAGAGCGUUCCCGGCUGGCUCCAGCAGGACUCGGACUCGGAGGGUCUGCUCCACGUCAACGUGGGGGGUCUGAAGAGGAGCCUCUGCUGCAGCACUCUCAAGAAGUUCCCCGACACGCGGCUGGGAAAACUGCUGGCGUGCGACUCCGAGGAGGACAUCCUGCAGGUGUGUGACGACUACGACGUGCAGCAGAAGGAGUUUUAUUUUGACAGGAAUCCGGGCCUCUUCCCAUACGUGCUGCACUUUUACCAGACGGGAAAACUUCACAUCAUGGAGGAGCUGUGUGUCUUCUCCUUCAGUCAGGAGAUCGAGUACUGGGGCAUCAACGAGUUCUUCCUGGACAGCUGCUGCAGUUAUCGAUACCACGACCGCAAGCUGGAGAGCAGCCGCCACCGCAGCUGGGACGACGAGAGUGACGUGAGCAGCAUCGACACGUCCGUGGACGAGAUCUCCGAUUUGAACCGGGACAUGCAGCAUUUCCAGGAGGUUCGCUAUGGAAACGUCCGGAAGUGUCUGUGGCUGACGCUGGAGAACCCGGGAUACUCCAUCCCCAGUAAGCUCUUCAGCCUGCUCUCCAUCAGCGUGGUGAUCACCUCCAUCGCCACCAUGUGCAUCAACAGCAUCCCCGAGUACCAGACCUUUGACUCCGACGGGAAGCUGAUAGAGGACCAGACGAUGCAGACUCUGGAGGUUUUCUGCACCUGCUGGUUCACCUUCGAGGUCGUGACGCGGCUGCUGCUCGCCCCGAACAGAAGGAAGUUCUUCCACCACCCUCUGAACAUCAUCGACAUGGUGUCCGUGGUUCCCAUCUACAUCACGCUGGUCUUCGACCUGACGCUGGGCUCCGAGUCCGAGCUGGGGGAGCUGGGACGCCUCAUCCAGGUCUUCAGGUUGAUGAGGAUCUUCAGAGUUUUGAAGUUGGCCCGACACUCAACCGGCCUCCGCUCUCUGGGAGCGACCCUCCGGCACAGCUACCGUGAGGUGGGCAUCCUGCUGCUCUACCUGGCCGUCGGCGUCUCCGUGUUCUCCGGCAUCGCCUACACAGCCGAAUACGAGGAGGACGUGGGUCUGGACACCAUCCCGGCCUGCUGGUGGUGGGGGACGGUGAGCAUGACCACGGUGGGCUACGGGGACGUGGUGCCCGUCACGGUGGCCGGGAAGCUGGCGGCCAGCGGCUGCAUCCUGGGCGGCACCCUGGUGGUGGCGCUGCCCAUCACCAUCAUCUUCAACAAGUUCUCCCACUUCUACCGGCGGCAGAAAGCCCUGGAGGCGUCGGUGAGGAACAACAACCGCAGGAAGGUGACGAUGAGCCGCGAGAGCGAGCCGGACGAGGACGGAGAGGACGGAGAGGACGGCGAGUCGGACGGAGACAGCCGCUGCCUGGACGAUGAUGACGACACGGACAGGGAGGACGACAUCGAGCUGGAGGACGAGGGAGGCGUGGUGAACUACAGCUACGUGGAGCAUCCGUCCUACACCUCCAUCAUGAGGAAGACGGAUCUGUAUGGGCUGUGAGGACGACCUGGACU